UGCGUGUGUGGUAGAGAAGGGUUUAGAGCCGGUGAAAGGAGGAGAUAAGAUCGAAUAGUAAAACUUGGCUAAGCUAGCUAGCAAUCGAGAUCGAAGACUAGAAAGAAAUGGCGUCAGCUUCGCUUCUCAAGUCGUCAUCUGUCGUUCUGGGCAAGUCGGAGUUUGUCAAGGGCAGCCAGAACCUCCGUCAACCUUCCGUCGCCGCCGUCCGCCUCCCCGCCGCCGCCACCUCUUCUCUCACAGUCCGUGCUUCCUACGCCGAUGAGCUCGUUAAGACCGCCAAAACAAUUGCAUCGCCAGGGCGGGGGAUUUUGGCGAUGGACGAGUCAAAUGCAACUUGCGGGAAGCGAUUGGAUUCGAUUGGGCUGGAGAACACUGAGGCAAACCGGCAAGCUUACCGUACCCUCCUCAUCACGGUUCCCGGACUCGGCCAAUACAUCUCCGGCGCCAUCCUCUUUGAGGAAACCCUCUACCAAUCCACCACCGACGGCAAGAAGAUGGUCGACGUCCUUCUUCAGCAAAACAUAGUACCCGGAAUCAAAGUUGACAAGGGUUUGGUUCCCCUUGCUGGGUCAAACGGUGAGUCCUGGUGCCAAGGUCUCGAUGGACUUGCCUCCCGCACAGCUGCCUACUACAAACAGGGUGCUCGUUUUGCCAAAUGGCGUACUGUUGGCAUUCCCAAUGGGCCAUCUGCUUUGGCAGUGAAGGAAGCGGCUUGGGGGUUGGCUAGGUAUGCUGCAAUUUCUCAGGAAAGUGGUUUGGUCCCAAUUGUGGAACCAGAAAUCCUUCUUGACGGUGAGCAUGGCAUUGAGAGGACUUUUGAGGUUGCCCAGAAAGUGUGGGCUGAGGUUUUCUUCUACCUGGCUCAGAACAAUGUGUUGUUUGAGGGUAUUCUUUUGAAGCCCAGCAUGGUGACUCCUGGUGCGGAUUGCAAAGACAAGGCCACUCCUGAGGAAGUUGCCAAGUACACGCUCAAGCUUCUCCAAACCAGAAUCCCACCCGCUGUCCCUGGAAUCAUGUUCUUGUCUGGAGGGCAGUCAGAGGUGGAGGCGACGUUGAACUUGAACGCGAUGAACCAAUCUCCGAACCCAUGGCACGUGUCGUUCUCGUACGCUAGGGCACUGCAGAACACGUGCUUGAAGACAUGGGGAGGACGGCCGGAGAACGUGAAGGCGGCGCAGGAUGCACUGCUGAUCAGGGCGAAGGCCAACUCUCUGGCUCAGCUCGGAAAGUACACCGGCGAGGGAGAAUCAGAGGAGGCCAAGGAGGGAAUGUUCGUCAAGGGCUACACCUACUAAGUUGCAUAUAUAUGAGAAACUAGAGAUGUUGUUAAUUAAUAGAUGUGGCCGGGAAGAUUAUGGAUUAAUAAUUUUGUUUAUUGUUCCUGCAUGUACCUUUUAACCACUUAAUUAAUAAACCUCUUGCCCAUUCAGAUUA